GAAAUUUAUUAAUCUUGAGAUAUGUAAUAACUGUAAAGCGUCGACUGUAAUAACGAUAAAAAAUCGUUCUAUUCUAUAAUCCCCCGUUUUCCAAGAGUUUUCUCAUAUAUGCUGGAUUUACAAAACUACAAGAGUAUUGUCAAUGAUUUUAAAUCAUCUCAAGACGAGAUUCGAUUUUUAGGCCAGCAACCUCCAAAAGAAGCUAGCUUAUAUGUACUCGAUAGCUCCUUUAAUCCUCCUCAUAAUGCUCACUUAGGAAUGUGUCAUUUUGUUCCGGAAGGAAGUCAUCUAGUUUUGCUUCUGAGCAUUGCAAACGCUGACAAAGCUGAGGCUCCUGCAUCCCUGGACGUUAGAUUAGCAAUGCUGAAAGCUUUAUAUCGACUUAUAAAAAACCGCAGUGUCUCGAUUGCCCUUUGUAAAUAUCCACUCUUCGCCGAGAAAUGUGUAUGUUUGUCGAAAUACUGUUCUCCUAAAGAGCAGACUUAUUUGGUCGGGUUUGACACACUGAUACGAAUUCUAAAUUGUAAAUAUUAUCCGGAAAAUUCAAUCCAAAAAGUUAUGAACCCUUUUUUUGAACGAUCUCGAAUUGUCUGCUUUUAUCGUGAAACAGACGAUCCAACAGCGGAUGAACUGCAGGAAUUAUACCCAUCCAAACUCGAGAAAGGCGAGUUACAAGACGUGGCUUUAGAAUGGUCUUCGAGAAUACAAUUUGCGAGAUUAAAUGGCAACAUGGGUAAAAAUGUUAGUAGUACAGCAAUACGUAAAGCCAUUUCUUCUGGCGACGAAGAAGUGCAAGCACGAAUGAUACCAACUGAAGUUUUAAGUAUUAUAAAAGAUGUGAACCCUUAUUGCUAAGCAUCUUUACCCAAUCUUACUUCCACUAGACAUCUAUUAUAAAAUUGAAUAGUUCUGGACGUACAAAAACCUAAUUAAUAGACUAGAAAAUUUACAAGUGAACGGUAGACAGUACCGUCGCAAUAAAACUAUUUACCAUAAUUUUACCA